AUGUCUCUUCCGUCGUUGUUGGAGGUGAUUCAGGAGUCCUUUGAGGACGUUGCCCUUGAUUCUGCUCCUUUGCGGGCGCGCAGCGUGCGGUCUGCUCCGAGGCAGAAGCUGCUGCCAAAUUGUACAUUAUCGGCUCAGGACACAAACUCGCAAGUCAAUUUGUUGAUCACGCCGUCUCAGCGACUAAGACUCAACCAGAAGAAGCGCACGCGUACCGCAGAGAUGCUCCAUGGGUCGGAUAUGGUGGACGCAGUCGAUUUUCUCUCGGACGACGAGCUGCCUGACGACCUGAUAGUGUACAAUGUUCCGUACUCGAGGCCGCUCAAGUCGCUUGCGCAGAGAGACCAGGCGUACCGGCCUUCCAGGAUGCGUCCGUUGAGAAUCAGCCGGUCCGCGUCGAGCGUAUCGAGCUUCGGGUCGCCCCAGACCAGAGCUUCUUCCAUUUUUAGCAUCUCGUCCGACUGUUCAGAGCUGAGCUUGCUGGAGGACGAGGCCAAGUUCAGCGACGAGGCCCGGCUGCUUGGACUAAACGAGGACCCGCAGAUCAACGAGUCGUUGCAACGGAUCUCGAUGCUCAACAGCUACAAGCAUGUUUCUGCGCCAAACGUGUCCAAGGAGAAAUUGGGGUAUCUGACGGUGACUCGGCAGACGAACUUGCCCCCAAAAGACCCGCGCGAGGCAUCGAAACACACGCGGGACUACGAGCAGCUGCUGCAGUCGCAGAUGGACAAGGAGCAGAAGAAGCUGGAGGAGCGCAAGAAACAGCUGGCUGCGCUCGCAAAACAGACAGACAUCGACCGCAAGACGUGGCGCACCGUUCUGCGCGACUACGACGCCCUGGUGUGCUCCGCAGAGACCCGCGAGCUGUGGUGGCGCGGCGUGCCCAAAGACCUGCGUCCCAGAGUCUGGAUCAGACAGAUGGGCCGGUCCAGCUUGUCCACGGAGCAGACACAGCAGUAUCUCUCCGAGGCGGACGAGAUCAUCGACAAGGCGUGCGACCUGAAGGUUGCGAAGCUGGACACGGCGCAGUUCGCUAGAGACAACAGCAAAAACUACACAUUGAUAGAGAGCGUGGAGGAGUACUCUGCGCUGAUCCAGCAGGCGUUCCCAAACCUGCUGGUGUUCCAGUACGGCCAGGCGUUCGACUCGAUUCUGCGCACGAUCCUGGCGUUCCGGCUGUGCCAGCGCGAGUCCACAGACCCGCUGUUCCGCGAAAUCAAGGUGUCGCACCUGGUGAACCUGAUCUGCGUGCUGUACUACAAUUUGCGCGACGAAACGCUCACGCUGCGCAUGUUCACCAGCCUCAUGUCCAAGAAGAUGAUGUACCACCUCCAAACAGACACGAAUCUCGAGUACCUGCAGGACAUUGUGGCGCAGUUCGACAAGUUCCUCGCCAAGACCAGCCCAAAUAUCCACCAGCACUUUGAACACAUUGGUCUGCAACCGCAGCUAAUAUUGGCCCCAACCGUGUCCAACAUCUUCUCCAAGAUGCUCAACAUGGACAUCUGCAGCAGACUGGUGGACAUCUACAUCUUCGAAGGAGAUACGUUCCUGUUGCGCGUGCUGCUCGCGCUUAUUCGCAAAGUGCAGUAUAAAUUGCUCGGCACCAAAGAAGAGGUGUGCACGAUUUUGGGCGACGACUGUCUCAGCCUGCUGAACCGCUCAAAAGUGUCCGGAUACAGAUACCUCGACGUGGGCGAUGCCACAGAGUUCAUCUGCGACGUGCGCACCAUCCUUAGACGCCAGGGCAGCUCUUAG